ACAAACGGGCAUGGGGCUCCCCGUCAGGGCAACCAGGCCCGAGGCAGGGAUGAAUGGCUGGCGGGUUCAGUUACCCCCUCUGGACCUGGGAGGCUCAAGUGGGUCAGGUUUGGGCUGGGGUGGCUCUGGAGUUAGAACUUGGAAGUCUGGGCAGUAAGAAUGCGGUGGGCCUGGAAGCUGCGAGAACCAGCUUUGAGCCUGCGCUCUGCUUCUGCACGCUGUGUGAUGCAGGAGCCACCGCCGCCGAGUUUGGUGCCUGAGCAGAGACGCGGCUGCUGACAGCAUGACGAGCGAGGUGAUCGAGGACGAGAAACAGUUCUACUCCAAGGCCAAGACGUAUUGGAAGGAGGUCCCGGCCACCGUGGACGGCAUGCUCGGGGGGUAUGGCCACAUCUCCAGCAUCGACAUCAACAGCUCCCGGAAGUUCCUGCAGAGGUUUCUGAGGGAAGGCCCAAACAAGACCGGGACCUCAUACGCCCUGGACUGCGGAGCUGGCAUUGGGAGGAUCACCAAGCGGCUGCUCUUGCCUCUCUUCGGAGUGGUGGACAUGGUGGACGUGACGGAGGACUUCCUGGUCAAGGCCAAGACCUACCUGGGCGAGGAGGGCAAGCGAGUGAGGAACUUCUUUUGCUGUGGCCUCCAGGACUUCAGCCCCGAGCCACAGUCGUACGAUGUGAUCUGGAUCCAGUGGGUGAUAGGCCACCUGACCGAUCAGCACCUGGCCGAGUUCCUGCGGCGCUGCAAGCGGGGCCUGCGUCCCAACGGCAUCAUCGUCAUCAAGGACAACAUGGCCCAGGAGGGCGUCAUCCUGGACGACGUGGACAGCAGCGUGUGCCGCGACCUGGACGUGGUGCACAGGAUCGUCCGCAGCGCAGGCCUCAGCCUCCUGGCCCAGGAGCGGCAGGAGAACCUCCCGGAUGAGAUCUACCACGUCUACAGCCUCGCCCUGAGAUGAGCGGGCCGGCGGAACGAGGGACCAGUGUGGGGCCGGGGGAUUGGCAGCCGGGCAAGGCCCAGAAGCGCCACGUCGAUGGUUCGGGAGUGUUGAGCAGGGCCACUAAAUACACCUGUCUGCCGUCCACU